AUGUGUUAUAAAUUAAAUAUUGAUGGAUCUUGCUGCCCGGCUCUAUGCACUUAUGGCAUUGGUGGAGUUAUCCGCAACCAUCAAAGCAAUUGGAUCAUAGGAUUUGCAGGAUGUGUCAAUCAAGGCAACCCUAUCCAAAUAGAACUGCUUGCACUCCUCAAAGGCUUACAAAUUGCUGUCAAGCAAAGGCUCUUACCACUCACCAUUGAGACGGAUGCACAGAAUAUAAUUGGUAUGUUAAAAUCACCUGCUAUGAGCUGUAUUAAUAUUGUUGAUGAUUGCAGGUCCUUGCUUCAACAGCUGGAUAGCGCAUCUGUACAAGUUAUCUAUAGAGAGCAGAAUGAUGUAGCAGACAAAUUAGCUAAAUAUGGUGCAACGCAUUCAGUUGUUCACACCAAAGCUCUGGACUCCAUCCACAAUACCCUUCAGGAUAUUGCUGCGCACAUGGCUUCUCAGAGAGCUCCUUCUCCGACGCCGAUGCCGAUCGCUACUAGCCCUUCUUCCUCUGUGUAG